UUUAAAAAUCAUUCUAAAUGUUUCUGAUCAGAAAACAAUGAUUUAAUUAGGCAGACAGCAUGAACUUCCUGGAAAGGAAAGCCAGAUGAAAGUGGGCGUAUCUGCAGGAAAGUCAGCGGGCAGAGAGGCAGAGACGUGUGCAGCUGCAGAGACGAGAAGUUCUUAAGUGAAGUAAGCAGCGGCAUGUGGGGAGACCACCCGUGGCAGCAGCGCUGCUCAUCGUCUUGAAUUCUCUUGCCUAUGUCCCCCUGAUUUUUUUUUAAAUUUCGGACAAAGGAAAUUGCAGGUGGAAUUUCCUUUGAUAACUUUUAGCUUCACAAGUUUGGACAAGGCUGUCUUCUUCUUUCGCCAACCAAGAUGAUCAAUAAUUCAUUCAACAGCUGUAGCAGUUUAAUAGAUGACUUCCGUAACCAGGUCUAUUCGACUAUCUACUCACUGAUCUCUGUGUUUGGAUUAGUUGGAAAUGGGUUUGCCCUUUACGUGCUCAUCAGGACCUAUCAUCAAAGGACAACCUUUCACAUCUACAUGCUGAACUUGGCCAUAGCAGACCUGCUGUGUGUCUCCACCCUGCCCCUGCGGGUUGUGUACUAUGUCAAUAAGGGGCAGUGGUACUUUGGGGAUUUCCUUUGUCGCAUCAGUUCCUAUGCUUUCUAUGUCAAUUUAUACUGCAGCAUCUUUUUUAUGACAGCCAUGAGCUGCACGCGAUUUAUUGCAAUUGUGUUUCCAGUCAAGAACCUCAAACUAGUAACAGAGAAGAAAGCCAAAAUUGUAUGUGUGAUCAUUUGGGUGUUCAUUUGUCUCAUCAGCACCCCUUUCCUGAUGGGAGGCCAAUAUACUGAGGGCAACAAGACCAAAUGCUUUGAGCCUCCACCGCGCAAUAACGUCAUUAAGCUGCAAGUCCUUAAUUAUAUCUCAUUAGCCUUUGGGUUUACCAUUCCAUUUUUGAUCAUAAUCAUCUGUUACACAGGGAUUAUUUGGACCCUGAACACCACUUCAAAGAGCAUGAAACAAAACAAGAACACCAAGACCAAGGCCAUCCGGAUGAUUAUAAUAGUCAUGGCAGCGUUCCUCAUUUCUUUUAUGCCCUAUCACAUCCAACGUACUGUGCAUCUAGCCUUCCUAAAGGAGAAAAACACGUCCUGUACGGACAUUAUAUACAUGCAGAAGUCAGUGGUUGUCACUUUAUGUCUGGCUGCCUCCAACUGCUGCUUUGAUCCUUUGCUCUAUUUUUUCUCUGGUGAAAACUUUCGCAAAAGGCUUCAUACUUUUCACAAAAAGUCUGCCAGUCAGGUCUUUCAAAAUAUGAGAAAAAGCAACCAUUCUGCCAAAGACAUUCCAGUUCAUGAUGAAGCACAUGCAGCAAUGGUUGGCAAUUUACUUGUUUCUAAUGGUGCUGAACAUUAGAGAAUGAGCUCCACAGAAGAGGAUUGAGAAAUAACAGUGAUUCCAAGUAUGCUUGUAAAAGAAAGAUUCCAUUUUGUAUAUUUUAAAUCUAUGUCACUAGCUGCUGUUAUGUGGUUCUGUUUUAGUUGUCCUGCUUCCAGGGAUUAUUCCAGCGACAGGCUCUGGCUCUCUACAGUUGGAUAAAGCGGGUUAGAAAAAUGGAUGGAUGGUUCUGUUUUUAAUAAGAGACAAUUUUCAUUUAUUUAUGGCAUGUUUUAAUAUUUAUGGUGAAAUAUUUGGAGAGGAUUCAGAUUCAAUAAAAUCAACCAGAAAACAGAACGGCUUAUAGGAAAAUAUUGAAAAGAAACGAAAAUGGAAAUUUGAUAGUUAUGUUCAAUUGGAUUCAUUGUGAAUGUGAAUAGCAAAAUCCGAAGAAGACAUGGAGAUCAGACAUAAGCAUUGAAGAAGUCCAAAUGUACAAUAUUGACACUGGGUAGUGUUGGCCUCACUUCUUCCAAAAAAGGUUAAUAUUGUGGAGAUAUAUGUGGUGUUACAGAGACCUUAGUUCUUCUUUGUCUUUGAUUAAGUUUGUUUCUACUUGGAGGAAGCAGGUGGUGAAUACAGGAGCCAGGAUGACCUCCAUGUUCAACUGCUUACUAUAAAACGGGCUGAACCAUAGACACUUCAAUACUUUUUGUGCAGCAAUGGCCCACCACCACUGAAGCAGCAGUUAGACAUAAAUAAGCUAUUAACACUUCUAUAGACAGAAUGGUGGUAUAGAAACUGUUAAACUGAAUGUAUAUUGGAGUGUGUGCCUUAUAUUAGCAGAAAUAAUAUCAAAAAAUUAACAUUGAGUUAAAAAUGCUAUCUGGGUGAUGUUUAGCAAUUGUUCUGCUUUUGUGCUGUUUAAGGAUCUUAAAAGUGUAACAUGCGCAAGUAGGUUAGGCAGAUGAAUAUUAAAAAGGGUUUUCUUAUGAGUAAA